AUGGAUAACGCACCAUUUCCUGACACUCCCGAGGACACCGAGUCCCGACAGGGACGACGAAAUGCCACAGUCCAUCUUUUAGACGAAGAUGGCAUUCCGAAGCGUGCUCAUGUACAUAUUCUCAAAGAUAUUCUCGGCCUGGAUAAAGCAUACAUAACGGAUGAGGGGCUGGAUCGCUUUGCGAAAGAUACCAAUGGGCUGCCGUUACCUAUUGAAGCAAAAGAAGAGCUGCGCGAUUCCCUCGAUGUCACUCAAGAUGGCCAUUUGACCUUCCAGGGAUUCCUUCAGCUAUAUCAUCUACAGACUGAAAGCGAUGAGGAAGAAACCUGGCACGAUCUGACUGCUCAUGGUUUUGACAGAGAUCUGAAUCUGGUUUCUUCACGCUCACAUGCUGUCGACGAAGAAAAAGUGCGAGUACCAAUGGACAGGCUGAGAGGGCUGGGUAUGGGAGGCGAGGAGCUUUAA